AUGCGAGAUCAGUUCAAGGUAAACGUCAUUGCCGUGGAGUAUCCCGGAUAUGGUCUUCUACAGGGCAUCGAACCUGCUGAGGAGACUAUCUUCGAAGUGGCGCUGACAGUUUUCAGAUAUCUUGUGGAUGACUUGAGAGUCAGCUAUUCUUCUGUCAUAGUUUUUGGAAGAUCAUUGGGAAGCGGACCAGCGAUCUUUCUGGCAUCGCAGUAUCCUCUUGGAGGCAUGAUAUUGGUGUCACCCUUCAUCUCUAUACGUGCUGCAGCCAAGCAUAUUGGCGGCAGAUUAGUUGCGUUCAUGUUCAGCAACGUCUUUCAGAACCAUAAGAGGAUGGUCAACGUCUCCUGCCCCGUGCUGUUUAUCCACGGCGCCAGUGAUAGUCUGAUUCCCGUGGAGCAUUCCAAGACGCUUUUCAGCCUCUGCCGUUCUCGGAAACUGCUAAUCACUCCGGCCAAGAUGGACCACAACAGCAGCAUGUUCAGUGAUCCGAAUGCUUUUGCGGUGCCGGCAAUACAUUUCUUUGGAUUCCCUGGCUGGCGCACAUUGACUCCUCCGUUUAUGCCCUUUGACCUCUUCGAG